AAACUUACAGUACGUGGAAGAAAUGAACUGAAGUGAACCAUAAGUGAACAGAAACAAGACAAACUCUUCAUUCGGUCUAAAACAAAUCAAGCUUUGAGUUGUAUCAAGAUGAUACACAGUUUAUUUAUGAUCAAUUCAUCUGGAGAUGUUUUUCUUGAAAAACAUUGGAAGAGUGUAGUCUCAAGAUCAGUAUGUGAUUAUUAUCUGGAGGCACAAAUUGCGAAUCCUCAAGAUAUCCCGCCGGUUAUUGCUACACCACAUCACUAUUUAAUUAGUAUUAGAAGAAAUGGUGUACAUUUUGUUGCUGUGUGCAUGGAGGAGAUGCCACCACUAUUUGUAGUGGAGUUUUUACAUCGUAUUGUAGAUACAUUCCAAGAUUAUUUUAAUGACUGUACUGAGACUAUUAUCAAAGAAAAUUACGUUGUUGUUUAUGAGUUGCUGGAUGAAAUGUUAGAUAAUGGAUAUCCAUUAGCUACAGAAAGUAAUAUUCUGAAGGAACUGAUAAAACCACCCAAUUUGCUUAGAACUAUUGCUAAUACAGUUACUGGAAAAUCAAAUGUAAGUGGUACAUUGCCAACUGGGCAACUGUCUAACAUUCCAUGGCGUCGCACUGGUGUAAAAUACACCAACAAUGAGGCUUAUUUCGAUGUUGUUGAAGAAGUUGAGGCCAUUAUUGAUAAAACAGGAUCAACAGUCUUUGCCGAAAUUCAAGGAUAUAUUGACUGUUGUAUUAAAUUGAGUGGAAUGCCUGACCUCACCUUGUCUUUCAUAAACCCUCGAUUAUUUGACGACAUUAGUUUUCAUCCAUGUGUAAGGUUCAAGCGUUGGGAAGGCGAGAAAAUCCUCUCGUUUAUUCCACCCGAUGGUAACUUCCGACUUAUUUCGUAUCACAUUAGUAGCCAAAGUGUUGUGGCAAUACCAAUCUACGUACGACAUAAUUUUGUCGUUAAAACUGGCGAGCAAGGGCGUAUUGACAUUACAGUGGGACCCAAACAUACAUUGGGAAGAACAGUUGAAGGUGUUAAGUUGGAAGUACUCAUGCCAAAGGCGAUUUUAAACUGCAAUCUCGUCGCAAAUCAGGGCAAGUAUAACUUUGAUCCGGUUGCGAGAAUUCUGCACUGGGAUAUUGGUAAAAUCGACGUGACGAAGCUGCCGAAUAUCCGUGGCAGUGUGGCGAUUGCGAUCGGCAGUAAUACUUCAGAAAUCAAUCCGUCAAUCAAUGUUCACUUUACGAUCAAUCAAAUGGCUGUAAGUGGACUUAAGGUUCAUCGAUUGGAUAUGUACGGGGAGAAGUACAAACCUUUUAAAGGCGUCAAGUACAUUACCAAGGCCGGUCGAUUCCAAAUUCGGAUGUAGAGUUUAUAUCCCCUGAUUUAUGACAUUAGUUUUUAUUUCAGAUGUUUUAUAUAUUUAAAAAUCGUUUAUUGGAGCAAAUAUGUACGAAAAUAAAUUUAUUGCUUUUUA